UAUAUGAUUACCUAAGAGCUAGGCAUUAAAAUCUUGUAACAUUGAUAAUUUUCUUCCCUAAUAUAUAAUAUUAUAUAUCCUUGUAAUUAUUGUCAUAUAUUCACUUCCCAUUUCUAAAAUCAUAUAUAUUUAAAUAUAUAUAUAAACAUGACAGGGGAGGCACCGGCCACCACCGUAUGCGUCACCGGAGCUGCCGGAUUCAUCGGGUCAUGGCUCAUCAUGCGCCUUCUCGAGCAGGGCUAUACUGUUCGUGCCACUGUUCGUGACCCUGAGAAUAUAAAGAAAGUGAAGCACUUGAAGGAGUUACCAAAAGCUGAUACGAACUUGACACUAUGGAAAGCUGACCUUAAUGAAGAAGGAAGUUUUGAUGAAGCCAUUGAAGGUUGCUGUGGGGUGUUUCAUGUGGCCACACCUAUGGACUUUGAAUCCAAGGAUCCUGAGAAUGAAGUAAUUAAGCCGACAAUCAACGGUGUGUUGAGCAUCAUAAGAUCAUGUGUGAAAGCAAAAACAGUGAAGAGGAUAGUCUUCACAUCCUCAGCCGGAACAGUCAAUGUCCAAGAACACCAACAAGCUGUGUUUGAUGAAACCAAUUGGAGUGACUUGGAUUUCAUCUAUAAGAAGAAGAUGACUGGUUGGAUGUAUUUUGUGUCAAAAACAUUGGCAGAGAAAGCAGCAUGGGAUGCAGCUAAAAAGAACAACAUUGAUUUCAUCAGUGUUAUCCCAACACUAGUGGUGGGCCCAUUUAUCACUCCAACAUUUCCACCAAGCCUAAUCACUGCUCUUUCACCAAUCACAGGGAAUGAAGCUCACUACUCAAUUAUUAAGCAAGGUCAAUUUGUGCAUCUUGAUGAUCUGUGCCAAUCUCACAUAUUCUUGUAUGAGAAUCCUCAAGCAGAGGGAAGAUACAUUUGCUCUUCUCAUGAUGGAACCAUUUAUGAUUUGGCUACAAUGUUUCGAGAGAAAUGGCCUGAGUACAAUGUCCCCACUGAGUUUAAGGGCAUCGAGAAGGACUUGCAAGUUGUCUCCUUCUCAUCGGAGAAGUUGAAAGAAAUGGGGUUCGAGUUUAAGUACAGCUUGGAGGACAUGUUCAAGGGAGCGAUUGAGACAUGCCGAGAGAAGGGAUUGCUUCCACAUUCUGGUGAAAAAGACCAUGUCAAUGGCAAGGUUUUGGAGGCAUAAGAAAGAGAAUUAUGGCUUUAUAUAUAUAUUUAUGAGAAUACGUGUAUGGCAUGGUGUUUGCUUUUGUUGUUGUAACAAUAAUAUGUCGUAAUAAAACCAUCAUAGAAAGAGCAACUUUUUUUCUUCUUC